AUGGACUUUUCGCACAUGCAAACGCCACCUCCAACGAGGGACGCUUCGUCAAGGAGGAGUGCGCAACAAAGUGGCGGAAAUGAGGUAGCCACACCAGCUACCGUGGUGCAUAGGACGCCUAAUCAAUUGCCCGCAUCAUCAGGAGCUCUCUUCGACCAAACUCCGUUUGGUUUCGCCGAUCUACAAUACACUCCACACAUGAUGCAGUUUCCCAACCACGGACCAAUGUCUGCGCCGCCUAUGCCUCAAUCAAAGCUGUUCUGGGAUCCGGCUAACGAUGGCAUGCAAAUGGAUCUAGAUGUACCACUAGGUGUAGAUCCCUUUGGUCCUACUCCGCAUAGGCCACAACACGACAUGAACUGGCAAGCGAUGAACCAUCCUUCAGCUAAUAUGAUGCAAACUCCGGCGUUCCAAAGCUUCCAAGCGUCUCCCAUGCCAGCGUCAUUCGCAAACACCCCUUCGCAGAGGCAGGGUUCAAGACCUGGCUCGUUUGUGUACACAUCUGCCGGUGUUGAUCCCAACAUGUUGCUCAGCUUCUCUAAUCCAGAUAUGACCUCCUCUUUUGGAAGUAUACCACAGCAACCGUUUAUGGACAUGUCAAGACAGCCGUAUGAGACACAGUUGCGGGACGCACAGAACGAGAGGGAAAUGGCGAAGAAGGCGAGGAGCCAGCAUUCGCGCAGUAACACAGCCUCGUCGUCCGGUUCAGCAGAGAACACAAAACCUGUACUGCAACGAAGCAAUACAGACGGUGGGAUGAGGACAACCAGAACAACUGCAAUGGACCCUCGGAUAUCCAUUCCAGCUAAUGCGUCAACGAUUCCCCGCCGUUCAUCUCCACUCAAACGUCAAAGCGGCGGAUCGCUCAAAUCGAUACCAGAGAUCAGAAGGCCACGGACACGACUCAUCAUCGAUGAGACUGGUCGAGCUCGGACGGAGACUGUGCAUGCUGGGGAUGAGGAGGAGACCCCUAGGAAUAAACGACAGACGUCGCAGCAAAAUCUCAGACGCCAAUACCCCGGGUUGUACGAGGAGGAUGAUAGCGAGUCUGAAGACGACGAGCCGGCUCCAAUUAUCAGUCGUAACUCAUCAUUCGCAAUACCACAACCUGAGCGCCGAGCUUCGAAACAUGCUCGAGCAGACAGCGGCGGAUUUGAAAAACCUGCUCCUUUCAAAAUGGCACGGUCUGCCUCUGCCUCAAGACUUGCACCUGACGCUCUCUCCAAGACCUCAUUUGAAACGCUACGACCCACGCGAAGAUCCGCCGCCGACAACGCCACUCGUCGAUUCAGCGCAAUGGACCGCCCCAACCCAAGAGAAACUGAGGACCAGCACAUGCCCGACUCCCCGGGCGACGCCCUCGGCGCCUUGAAAAAGGUCGUAGGUGCCCGCCAACAACGCAUUGGUAGGAUAGCCACGCGCUGA